CAUGUCGCUGACAGUCAACUGGAAUCCAUCAACCCAUAUUCUCUAAUAAAAAUCCACAUGAUUAACAUCAAGUUGCCCAUACCUGUGUGGGUUCAGGAACAUUGUAUGACUUGCUAUUUCGAUGUUCGAGCGCCUCAGGGCUGUGCUUGCUGAGGCUGCGUUCCUCCAGACACGAAAAUAAACCGCAGUCGAUUCUUUCACUUUGCUCUCAAUCUCUACACAUACUACAUAAGGAGGUCCACACAACCCCCCACCAUGCAUCUCGUUCUCUCUGCCGAGAGUGUGCGAAACACGAUUAUGACCAAUGAGAAUGGUCAAGUCCUGUACAAAACCUCUACACCUUUCAGCAUCGGAACCCGCACGACCACAUUCUACAAAGUUGUCCCAAAUUCAGAUCCAGAUGAUAUGCAGGACCAUUUGGAGGCCAUUGGGGAGAUCGAAUGGAAUUUGAUGGGCUCAUCUGUAAUGCGACUCCAUGGACAGGAAAUGAUGACGGACACGUUCAUUCCUUGGCAUGGAAUCACAGGAAGAAAGCACACAUUCAUGGGGCCGGAUGGUUUCUCCUACAGAUGGGACAUGGAUUUCAGGGUCGUCAGAGUGUGUGCUGGCCUUAACAUCUUCCCCCACUUCCUGGCUUUGACAGGUUUUGGCACACAGUUCCUCGGCAUCAUCGGGCCCCGAAGGGACCCUUCUCUUGAUGUCGAUCCAAGCCUCAUGCAUAUGCUUGACAUAGUCAUACUCACUUUUGUCUAUGUAGAAAAAUUGCGGAUGGACAAGGAGAAAUGAAUGAGACAAAAUAAUGGCGGUGGUGGUGGUCCAUGAAGUACUGGAAUGUUACAGAGGUAAUAUGACUUGUCUCCGCUCACCGUAAUGGACUGUUUACCCUUAGGAUAUUGUGCAUUAUACUUCUUUGCUCUGCUUAAUCUACCUGGGAUCUCAUACAUGCACAUACUUUGUUGAUGCAACUAUCAUGUGAUGAGCAGUGUGAACAAUCAUGUCUCGUCAUUUUCGGGGCCCCCUUAUGCAUGCAUUUAACCGUAUUCUAUCCAUUUUUUUGCCCAGGCUUGUAGCCAAGACCUGCCUCUAUUAGACCAUCCAAGACCGAGUACAAGAA